AUGAUCAAGUCUUUGAUUGCUCUCACUUUCCUAUUUGCUCUUUCUUCUGCGAGACCCCAAGACACUGAGCCAAUCAAGAUUGGAUUCGAGACAAUUGAUGCCAAGCCAGCUCCAGAGAUCGUCAAUAACGAUGCUUCUUAUGGUAAUGCUGUCGACUUCUCCGUUCCAACCAGUCCAGCACUCAUGACUUGCUUGAAGAAGGCCAAGUACCAAGUUGUCUUUGUUCGUGGAUUUGCUCCAGCUGGAUCGGGAUCGUUUGAUAUGAACGUAGUUGGAUCCAUCAGAAACGCCUACAACGCUGGAUUGGGAAUUGAAGUCUACAUGACUCCACAGCCAUCUUCCAGUUAUCAAGGAUACCAACAAUUGGAUAUCCUCUACAACGGACUCACUUCCAAUGGUAUCACUGUCAGAUCUGUCUGGAUUCAGGUCACUUCUCCAUCCGAUUGGCCAAGAAGCACAACUUCCAAUAUUAACUUCAUUAACAGCAUCGUUUCUCGUGCCAAACAACUCGGACUCACUGUUGGAAUCUACACUAGCCAAUACGAUUGGAGUCAAAUUACUGGACAAUGGAACACAUUGAGUUCCGAUGUUCUCCUCUGGUACUGGAAUGUUCUCGGAAGUGGAGUUAAUGGAGAAACCAAAGCCACUUUCGAUGAUUUCCGUGCUUUCGGAUCUUUCAAGAAGGCGUCUGCGAAGCAAUACGCUCAAGUUGAAACUGUCUGCCAAAUGGUUGUUAAUCGUGACGUGUACGCUGUUGGAAUUCCAGCUGUUGCUUCUGAAAAGGCAAACGAAUCCGACAAGAUUGUUGUUGGAGGAUUUGUUGGAAACUAA